CAUUAGAAGUGUAAAGACGUAUUCUCGCAGUGACCGCACGACGGGGAAUCUUUUAAAUUUUAACUUAUUUUUUUAACUUUAAUCUAAUUUGGAUUUGUAUGUGUAGUGCAUCGUCGUACAUCGGUUUAUAACCACAAGCAAGAAGACCCUCCCUUCAAAUUUAAGAUGCAGCAACGCCAGUUUACAUCGGGUAGUCGCCAGGCCCCAGAUCCUUAUGAUCAAUUCCUCGAGGAACAUCAAUUCUAUCGCAAGCAUACGGCACGGGAUGCCUCCUGCUUGUUUCGAGUGAUAUCAGAGCAAAUGUAUGACACUCAAUUACAUCAUUUGGCCAUACGUGAAAAGUGUGUGACAUACAUGCGCCGUCAUAGACAAUUCUUCGAACAUCUUGUCGAUCGAGAUUACGAUGAAUAUCUGGAUGAUAUGUCAAAGCCAAAGACUUAUGGAACUUUAUUGGAGCUGCAGGCAGCUGGAUCUUUGUUUGCGCGAAAUGUUAUCCUGUUUGAACCCUUCGAUUUGGGUAAAUAUUUUACCGAUCACCGAAGCUAUUUUAAAGACGUUUUCCGUGUUUUUUAUACGCCAGAGAGACAUUUUGAUUCAGUAUUUACAUCAGAAUACAUUCAGGAAGCUGCCAUUUGUCAAUCGAUUUGUUAUGAAAUUCUUUACAAGGAUCUAUUUAAACUACCAGAUGUCGCAUUUGCUGUUGAACAAAUGUUGCAUGGUCCGAAUUUCGAAAAUAUGGAAUAUACUACGACAACGAAUGAGGAGGGCUAUGCUACAAGACUCUAUUUAAACGAUGGGCGAGAAUUUGAACUUGAUUUGCCGCAAAACACCAAUUGUAUUUUGGAAAAUUUUAAAUUGUGUCAUUUUCAUUACACCAAUUUUCCGAGAUUCUCGGAUGAUUUGCAGCGCGGUCUUAAGGAAGCUCAUCAUGAGGACAAUGAGAAGAAUACGUUACUUAUACAACGUACUGCAGAAUCAUUUUUACCCAAAAAAUAUAUGUCGUGUGUACGACAAUUGUUGCAGGAGAGUAUAACUCCAUUCCCAUACAAGGUGGCCAAAGCCUUGGAUCCAAAUAUGUAUCGAAAUAUCGAAUUCGAUUCGUGGAACGAAAUGCGCAAAGAAAUGAAAUUACAAAACUGGUACAAUGGAGAUUCCAACUUUAAGUUUGUACACUGCCAAAAGACCAAACGAGUUCGCAAAAUAUUCCAGGUUGGAGCCAAGUGUCAUGUUAAACUACGCAAAUCUGAACAAGAUCUCUACACCUGCCACAUACAGGAGAUAGCCGUGGAUAGAGGCCAAUGCAUUGUGUUUGUCGAGCAGCUGGGUGAAAAACGCUUAGUUCCCUAUGAGAAUCUGUCGCCAUUGCCACCUGACCAAUUUAAACCUUGGACAGUGCCAUAUCGCUUUCAGCGGCAUAUGCAAAAGUUCAGUUCUGUUCGCUUCCCAAGGCAGUACAACAACUAUCGUUUUAAAUUUAAUUCGACCACUGAACAUCACCAUCAUCAUCAGCAGUUUUGUGGUAAUGGCAUGAUGGACAACGACAGUUGUGGUGGCAACAGCAGCGACUACAUUAAUGAGGACGAUCCAAAACGCUCCCAUUAUUAUUGUACCACUUCAUAUUACAAACUUAAGCAGUACACGCAUUUGGAGAAUUUUCGGGCCCAAACUGUGGAAUUUUGUACUAUGCCCUUGACGGUAGAACACACUGGUGGGGGGGUUGGGAGAAACGAUGGAGGAGAAUCUGCGGAGAAAAAUGGUCAACAGCGAACAGGCGAUGCAAAUGAAAAUAAUCGCUCCAGUUUAAGAUCUAGCAACAGCAACGACAUUGGAAAGAUGGGAUCGGGCGAGACAACAGCAGUGGCUGUUUACAAUGGCGUAGGCGAAGAUCAGGAUGGUGUAACCACCAUGGGCUAUGCUGUACAGCAUGGCGAAGGUAUUUACGAAUUGGAUCCAUACAAUCCAAACGCCGGUGCUGCCGUAUAUAUGCCGGAUCUACAGUGCGUGUAUCCCACGUAUGCAGCCUAUACACAUACUAUAAGCGGACAACCAGAGGAAAUCUACGGUUAUUACAGCUACGAUCCCAGCAUGGCACCGGCACCAGCCUAUGUGUCCCCUAUGAACGGCUAUUACUAUGGCCCAGCCCCACCGGGUGGCUUUGUAAGUUCGGCGAGUGCCAAUCAAUAUAUUGGAAAUCCCCAACCCAUUGGAAUACCAGCACCAGCUCAAAAUGUCCCUGUGUAUGCUCAGGCUCCUCCCCCUCACUACAAUCCCGGUGCUGGUAGCGGGGCUGCAAAUUGUCCCACAAUACAAGUUUCCGGUUCGGUUCCCUCGGGCAAUUUUCAAUCUUCCUCACAACAGAACACCCCAUCAUCUCGCCGUGGAGUUAAUCACAAUUCUUCGAAUACUCCUGUAAGUGGGCGUAUUAACUAUGAUGCCCGCAAAUCCUAUAAAACCAAUGGAGGGGAUUUGCCCACAGAUGCAGCCACAUUGAGAUUUUUCUACAAUUUAGGCCUGGAUUACUAUCAUCAAAAGCAAGCGGCAAGGGCACAGGCUGGAGCUUCACAUGAAAACAAUGAACCGACGAAGGUGGCGGAGAUGAACUCUGAGGAUACCGCGGAGAGUGUGGCAAACGACUUGCAAAAUAUAAGACUAGAUGAAAAUGCAAAUCAAGUUGUGACUGACACAAAACCCGAUGCUAAUAAUAACAACAUAGUGGUUGAAGCUGCUGCUAGUAAUGCUGCUGUGUCAAAUGUAGAAAAACCACGCCCAGUGCCACCAAACAAUAAUAAUAAUAAUAACAGACAUUUGAAUACUGGCAAUGCUAUUACUACUACUACGGGUGGGACUAAAAACAAUCCUCGUCGAUACUCCUCACGAUGUUUUAAUAACAAGGAUCGUCCCAUGCAACAUCAACGUCAUCACGUCAAUUCAAAUCUGCAUGUACCACCACCACCACCCACCUCGUACAACACUGGGCACCAUCAACAACAACAACAUCCACAUCAACAAUCAUCAAGGAAUAAUGGAGGUAAUAACUCCAACCACAAGAAUAUUCCUGUAAAUAUGGGCGGUGGUGGUUAUCAAACCUCCACAACGCCCAAUUCUUCACGCGGUCCGUCCCAUCCACCACAUCAAUCGCAACUGCAGGCGCCCAUCUCAGUAUCAGACCAUUCCGCACAGACAUCACCAAUGGGUGGAUUCGAUGAUGCGUUUGCUGCGAAGGAUUCGCAUAAUUGCAAUACACCUACAUCCAAUAAUUCAAAUAUUAAUCCUGUUGCUCCUUAUGGUGUAUAUGGUCGUGCUGGUACUGGUGAACAAAUGAGUGAAGGAGGAUUGUACAGCGGUGGAUCAUAUGGAAUUCCGCUAGCAGGCAAUGCAGGUGGGAUAAUGGUACCUGUAGCAAUGACAUCGAACACUGGUCCACCUCCUCCAUAUGGAAUCUAUGCCCCACAUCAUGCCCCGCCAGGGUAUCAGGCAACAGGAGUACAUCCUAACUUUAUGAAUGGCUCUAUACAUUUUACACCACCACAACCUUCAAUGCCACCCGUCCCAGGUAUGGCAAAUUCUACUGCCUCUGGAUCAGAUACUACUGAAACAAAUGCGAUGGAUAUGAUGAAUGGAUUAGCCCCGUUGCCAUGUCCUAGCUAUCCUCCACCUCCAUUGCCUUAUUACUAUGCUUCAGGCAGUAUGCCACCUGUCAAUGGUGGUGGACCUUCAGCUGCAAAUGGUGGUGUUCAUUUAGUUGCACAUAUGGUACCACCGCCUACAUCAACUAAUCAUACACCUAUGCAACAACCAUUUUCGACUCCACAUCAUCCAAUUAGUCCUCAGGGUUAUUAUCUGCCGCCACCACCACCACCGCCUCUUGCUCAACAAAUGCCUCCAACACCGCAGCUGCAACAGCCCCCAAUUAUGACAAAUAAUCCAAAUAAUAAUUGUGCUCGUCCCGAUAUGGCGGCACUCAACAAUAACGAAUGAUUGAUGCCUAAGCAUGGCCAAUAUUAAAUUUGUUUUUAGAACAUUCCUUAUUCAGAGAUUAAAUGACUUAUAAUUAAUUGGUCAAUCGAACGUUUGUAUCUACCCGAACGCCACUUAAUGUUUGUAUCCUAUAGAUACAUCCCUAGACAUGCAUAAAUACUUUUUUAUAUUCCCGGACAUACCUUCGUACAAUGUAUUUCCUGUACAUUUUUUAUGGUUUGUCUGCCCUAACAACAGCUGUUUCUUUUAAUAUAAUUAUUAUUAUUUUUAUUGUUUGUAAGCAUAUUUGCCUAAACCAAGAUUAUCUUAUUUUUUAACUCUACGCAUAAACACCUGUUAGUUGUCAAUAUCAUCAGCAAUUAAUUAUUCAAAAAUUUGUUGUAUGUUUAGCAAAGUUUAAAAUUUUUAAUAAUGUUCGCCUCUCUUCGCCGACCCAAUUAAAUAUCUGCCCUUGGGUUAAUCACAACAUGAUUUAAAACAAGGUU